AUCACAUUACAAGAUCAACGACUUCUCUUACAGUUCAACCCACCACGCUGCUCGAUAGAAUCCGUACACUACAAUUCGAAGUACUGUUUCUACAUACUACAGCACACAAUGCCGCCACCAAAGGCAGGAUCCGUUAGCACUGCGCUGCAGCCGAUGCGCCUCCCUCCUCUCCCUAAGCUGCGAGUGCGACGCCCGAAUCAGACAGAUGCGAAUCCGUGUUUGACGCUUAUGAGUUCUGUGUUGACAUGCUGGGCCUCCUCCGGCUACACCGCAGCAGGCUGUCAAGCCUUCGAGACCCAACUCCGAGCCUGUAUGGACACACCUAGACCCAAAACCCAAAAGAAAAACACAAUCAACCACCACCUCUCCCGAAUGUACCCCAACAUCGUCGGUCCUCGAAAGAGGAAGUAAACGCUUCUUCCCCAGCCCAGACGAAAGCCCACCAUAUUUUCGCCCAGAGCCUUUGGGAAUAUGGUGUUUGUACGAAUCAUAAAGAGGAGUUGUUGAACGCAGACGGAUGGGAUGAGCUGACGAGCAGUAUUUUUGAGCGAAAAAGAAGCGCUGGAUACGUGUAGAUGAAGGUGGCGUCGGAGACGGGCCGGGCCAUAUCAUGAAGGGCAUCUAUUUGUCUCUGUAUACCACACCACCAGCGUCUGUUUCUGGUUGAUUGAUUGUACAAAAAAGAGUGGACGGAGCGAGAAAAUGGAGCAUUGCCGGGAUAGUUAGUUAGUAGAUCGUCGCACUUUAUUGUUGUUUUGCGGGCGCAUGGACAUGGUAUUGGGGAAGGGAAGUAAGUGUUCUUUGUAGGAAUAUCCACAGCCAUAGAGAACCAGAAAUCUCAAAUAUGAUGACACAAAAUCAUAUAAAAUCAGUCAAAACACAACGAACUCCAGCGCAUCUACCAACUUCGGAAGUCACAUCUAUGAUAUUCGACAGUCUUAACAUCAG